CACAAUGAACCUGGCGUCUCUCUAUCAGCGCGCCAACGAGGUGCAGCGUCACGAUGCCAAGCUCAUUUUGAGCGAGUACGCUUCGAUACUUCAGUGGCGCUCCGAUGGACAGGACAGUUUAUUGGAUGUCGGUUCGGGUCCAGGAAAUGUGCUCAUGGACUUCGUGCAUCCCUUGCUGCCGAAGAGCUUCGAACAACUGGUGGGCACCGAUGUCUCAAUGCAAAUGGUACGCUAUGCCAACAAGUGUUACGAGCGCUAUGCCCGAACGCAGUUUCAAGUGCUCGAUAUUGGCUGCGAAGAGUUGCCAGAGCAGCUCAAGGGUCGAUUCGAUCACGUGACUUCAUUUUACUGUCUGCAUUGGGUGCAAAAUCUUCGAGCUGCUCUGCGGAACAUCUACAAUCUGUUGCGUGGCGAAGGUGGCGAUACUCUGCUGGUGUUUCUGGCCACAAAUCCCAUCUAUGAGGUAUACAAGGUGCUGCAGAGCGAUGCCAAGUGGGCAUCUUAUAUGCAAGAUGUGGAUCAGUUCAUUUCGCCCUUGCAUUAUAGCACUGAUCCCGUCAAGCAGUUCGAAGAGCUCCUCAACGAGGCUGGCUUUGUAUAUAAGAAUGUGGAAUUGCGCAGCGAAGUCUUUGUAUACGAAGGCGUCCAGACAUUGAAAGACAAUGUUAAGGCGAUUUGCCCUUUUCUGGAGCGGAUUCCAAUGGCUCAGCACGAAGAGUUCCUAAAUGAUUUCGUUGAUAUCGUUGUUUCCAUGAACCUCAAACAGGAUACGAAAGCCAAUGCUGAGCAUUCGCAAGAGCGCUUCAUAUCGCCGUAUAAACUAAUUGUUGCUUAUGCUCGCAAGUCUCCCGAUUAUCUACAAAAUGUUUUUAACGACUUGGGCAAUGUGAAAAAUGUAAAGGGCGUUAUGUGAAAGUCAUCUGAAA